GUGCAUUGAAAUUGGGAGCAUGUUGGGACAUGAUUGAUUCCUUCCAUAGUUUAACUCUAUUUACAGGAAAAGAGCACAUUUUACAUAAGAGGGUGGGUCUGGGUAGAAAGAGCAUAUAUAAAUGCAUCAGUGUCUCUCGAGGGUACCAGAAGACCAGAGUUUGGAGAUGAGGAACAUAGUGGUUCUCCUGCUGACCCUGGUAGCAUGGAUGGCGCCUUGCAGUGGUGCCCCUAUGGUUUCCACAGAGGAUCAGGAGAAAGCUGAGGAGUAUCUAAAACAGUUCUUCUCAGGUUCCAGCGUUUCAUCCGUCACCGGGAGACAAAUCAAUAUGCAGGACUUUGAGGACACCUUGAAGCAAAUGCAGGAGUUUUUUGGGCUCCAGGUGACAGGCAAGCUAGACACAGACACCAUCGAGGUGAUGAAGAAGCCACGCUGCGGCGUUUCCGACGUUUCCAAUUACGCACAUUUUGGCGGCAAGCCUAAGUGGAAUAAGCAGACAAUCACUUACAGAAUAACUGAGUACACGCCAGAUCUGAGCCAGAGGGAAGUGGAUGUGACGAUCGCUCAGGCGUUCAAGCUGUACAGCGACGUCACUCCUCUCGUCUUUAAGCAGAUCUACAGCGGCACGGCCGACAUCAUGAUCCUCUUCAAAGCCAGAAAUCACGGUGAUUUUUACCCAUUUGAUGGGCAGGGUGGUGUUCUGGCGCACGCCAUGUCUCCGGGUUCUAAUGAAGGAGGUGAUGCGCACUUUGACGAGGAUGAGAAAUGGACUCUAAGCUCAGCAGGUUCGAACUUGCUCUUGGUGGCAGCCCAUGAGUUCGGUCAUGCGCUAGGACUGGAUCACUCAAAAGAUCCCUCCGCUCUCAUGUACCCCACGUACAAAUACGUCAACACCCAGGGAUAUCAGCUGCCCUUCGAUGAUAAACGAGGAAUCCAGGCGCUCUAUGGUGCCAGUCAGUGCGAGUGCGUGUGUCCCCAACCUGAACCCACUCCACCGCCACAACCGUUUCCACAACCAAAGCAACCUCCACCAGAGGCGUGCACCCGGGACUUGGUGUUCGACGCUGCAACAAGCAUCAGAAAUGAGCUGUACUUCUUCAAAAAUGAAUACUACUGGAAGAAAAGCAGUGUGAUGGAAAAUAUUCCACAGACUCUAAUCAGAACCACGUGGCCCUCCGUCACAUCUGUUGACGCAGCAUAUGAGCUCAAAGCGAAAAGCAGCAGUUUCUUUUUUAAUGGUCAGAAUUACUGGGCUGUGACAGCAACCUCAGUCGUACCCGGAUACCCCAAACACAUUUCCCACUUCGGAUUUCCAGCUUCAGUUAAGAAGAUCGAUGCUGCGGUGCACGUGGACUCAACCAGACGCACUCUGUUCUUUAUCGGGGAUAAAUAUUGGAGCUUUAAUGAGAACACUGGAACGAUGGACGCUGGAUUCCCCAAAUCCAUUCAAGCUGAUUUUCCAGGAAUUGGCUCCAAAGUGGAUGCUGCUUUUGAGAACUAUGGUUUUCUGUACUUCUCCGACGGAGCCAAACAAACCGAAUACACCUACAGCAGCAGACGUGUGAACCGCGUGCUUCAGAAUUACGGAUGGCUGAAAUGCUUUGAAUAUUCCAAAAACCCAGCACAGUCAUGAAUGCAUGGUUUCAGCACAUUCAUAAAUGAUUUCCCACUAAGAAAAUUUAAUCUCCUUAUUGUAUAUAUAGUAGUGAGUAGGGCAGAUGUUUGGGAGCUUUCUUCAAAUAAAAAAUAAAAUGAAAUGGGCGGAGCCAAGCGGCUGUGUUCAGGUAUGGGUGGGGCUGACUUCUGGGCCAGAAAAUAUAAAUAAAAGUGUUAUAUGUAUGACUUUUUAAAAAAUACAUGCUACAACUCUAAAAUGUUUUA